UGAAAUGAUAAUUUGCCGCCAAGCUCAAGGUUAUCGCGUCGACGUGCUACCUCUCCGUCGUCGCGCAACUCGACGGCACAUUUAAUCGCGAGCGACCGUCGCGUUUGCAUUGGACAGUUUUACGCGGAGACGUAGCGCGACAACAGCUAACAAUUGCGAAGGAAAUGAGGCUCGCAACGAAGUUGCUGCUGGUCGUGUCUGCCGUGGCAGCACUGUCGUGGUGCGGCCAUGUGGACGCUAGGAUCCUGACGGACUGCGAGGCGAUGCAUGAAAUGCAACGGGCCGGAAUCUCCAGGACCUUCAUCAGCAACUGGAUCUGUUUGAUGCAGAGCGAGAGCGGGAUGAACACGCAGCUGGUCACCGGCCCGAAGAGAGCCUCCAGCUACAGCUAUGGCAUCUUCCAGAUCCCUAGCGGCAAAUGGUGCACCAGGGGACGCGUGGGAGGUCUCUGCAACAAACGCUGCGAGGACUUCGCGGACGACGACAUUCGCGACGAUAUCGUUUGCGCGAAAAUGAUCAUGGAAGCGGAGGGGUUCAAAACCUGGAACGGCUGGGUGAAGAAGUGCAAGAACAAACUGCCGAACAAUCUGCCGAACAUCUCGAAGUGCAGACGGCGAUGAUCGAGAUCGCCGAUCGGUCCCGAGCGUUUCCGACGUCGACGAGAAUGGAGGAACUCAUAGGUGAUGGUCUUUCCUGCUGAAUACUUUACACGUUUAUAGAUCGUCGGGGAAUCACCGUUGGUAAUUAACGACGCCUGACCAUUGGCUUUGCUAAUGCCACGUGUGAUUUAUGUAUGGACGCUCGCGAGGAAGAAUGACUCGAAGAAUGGCUGAUCGUGCGUCUGCGAGCUCGAGGGUCACAGCAGUGUCAUGUGUGGUUAAUAGAAAUAUGUAAACGCACCGACGUUUGUCGUGUCUUAAGCCUUUAUCGAUCGGAUUUUUAUUUAGGCGUACACGUGAUCGUCCGACGGUCGCAAAUUGGCAAUAAGUUUAUUCAAAUUCUACGAUUACUCAGCGUUACACGACACUUUUUGCGACGAUCGGUGACUUGCCGAAUACCUGCGAGAUCAAGGAUCAGGCGUUUGCGUUGUUGGAUCGAUAAGAAUAAUAAAGACGUGAGAAUUUAUUGAUCUUUAUCGUUUCUGUAUUCUCGGUGGAGCUGAGGUUUCGUAAGGAAAUCAGUAAGAAUAUGUAAACAUUCAACGGAGCCCUAAAAUUGCCGGGGAUUUUAAUGGAAUGCCUCUCUUAAUUUACAUGGAACUGUUUCCGAUAAGCGUCUUAUCGGAUAUUUGCUCGCGCGGAGUGAAAUAUUACUUUGUCAGGUGUUUUUUCAAACCGCAACGAUAUCGGAUAAAGUUGUGUCACUAUCCAUAGACUCGAUGUCAAGCGUAUCAACUGGAAUUAUAUAACGCGGCGUGCGCAACUGUAACACUCGCGCGGAGCGCUGGUAUACAGCAAUCAAAGAGUCCAGAUCCACGUUGUUGCAUGCAGACACUUCACGGACAGCACAAUAUUUACCGUUCGCAGCUAUGGGUCACUGCAUGUUAAGCCGCUGAAUAUGCAGCAGCUGCAAUAUCCAUUCAUGAAUGCAGACGACAACACGUUCGGUCUUCCUUCUACCGGAACCGUCUGACUAAUUGCGUAAAAGGCUGCUGGCUGUUUCCUAAGAGCCUCAUAGUACCUGUUGAACUGCAUUCGAUCAUUUCGAAGGGAGACCAUUCCACGGCUGGAUCGUGGAAUGUGCGUCCGAUUUCCUUUACGACGCUAACUUACUGCUGUUCAAUAGGGUUACGUGUAAUUAAUCAUAAUUACAAACCACGCAGUGGGAGGCUUCUCUUGACCCUGUGCUGCUCUGCUAGACAUCGAGUCAUCUACCAACAAUACCUAGCGUUUAGCUCCUAGAUAGUUAAGAAAGGUAAAUCUUUAGCUAAUAUCUUGUACAGUAAUUUUAGCAGUCAAACCUAGUUGUUGCUACUUGUCUAUUUUACUUCGUCUAUGCGUUACUUAAAUUUACUCGCUCAAACUACCAAAGAAAUACAGUUCCAAAGGACGAUAGUACUAACUGAAUACAGUGUAGCUUUAUGCAACACAGAAAUGCUCAAAUGUAACCCCGUUCUCAUCUCUUCUAAUGUAACUCCUCAAGUACAAGAAUACAAAUCAACCAGAUUUAGGCCAUCAACGGGCGAUCCAUCGUGGCGACCGGUCCCGCGUCGGCCGACUUGGCAAGUAAAAUCGGUCGAAAUAAAAUGGUUUAGAAAUUCAGCUAUUAGAAUUACAAAAGCACGCGUGAUCGGGCUGCGCAAACUCUUUCCUGAUUUCAUUCCCGGCCGAAGUAUCACGUCGCCUCGCGGUUUUCGGUGAAUUCGGUCACAUCGCGAGGACAAAAUCACGUUGCGCGUGUACCGGCGAGCGGCGCAUCGCGAGCGGAAUGUGGUCGUAAUUAAAUUUUGACUUCGAGCCGGUCGACGCCCGUUACUAUCCAGAGCGGCGGCCGUAAAAAACGGCUGUUGCGUAAAUGCCGCUCGCCGAAAUGUCAAGUACACACCGUUAUCGAGGCAGGGAGGCGAAGCGGGCCCGUUCCGACGUGUUUCCCCGCGAUAAAAAUAAAAAACGGCGUCGCGAGACAACGUUCUCCUCGAUGAUCAUCGGCCCGCCUCCUCUUUCCGCGUUUCUCUUUUUCUCCUUAAAAUCGAUCGUCGCCUUUACAUGAUACGCUUAGGAGAGGCGGUCGGCGCGUUAACGAUUACGCAACGCGUCCGUCGGACUCCCUCGCUCGAAAAAUCUUCGCUUCCCGUUAUCUGUUGCAGACUGAAUUUUCCUUAUAGAUAAGCGCGCGCUGCAAAUAUAGCGGCGAGCUGACAAACAGGAAAGCCGUCGCAGAGAAAUCGUACAGAUUUAUGCGCAUGCGAAAGCGCGAAAAUGCUCGUUAUCGCGCGGAUAUUCUUGGCAAAUGGAAAAGCGGCGUGAUUAAGCACUUUGUAUACCGAAUAUUAAACGACAAUUGUCUGAUGCUCUCGGUACAUUAAACGUUUUAUUGAAUAAUG